AUGGACCACGACAUCGACGUCCUUCGCGCAACAGCAGCCGACCUCGCCGCCCUCCUCAACGAUGGAAAGACCACCAGCGUAGAAAUCGUCGAAGCGUACCUCCAACAAAUCGCAAAACACAACCAUGCGGGACCAAAACUGCACGCUAUCGUCUCCGUGCCGGCCAUCCAUCAGCUUCACCGCGUCGCAAAAGCCCUCGACGACGAAAGGACACGAGGCCACGUUCGAGGUCCGUUGCAUGGGGUGCCCAUCAUCGUGAAGGCAAGUACUGAUAUUCCAGGAUGCGUUCAAUACGCCGACGCUGAACAUGCCGACGACAUUAGGUCGUUCGCAUUUGCGGAGAGCAAGGCUCGAGUGAAUGCGGGGCUUGUCGAUGUUUUGAUUACACAGGGGUUGAUAGCAUUGGGUAAAGCGAACUUAACGGCUCCGGGAGGUUCGUCCACCGGAUCAGCAGUGGGAGUUGCCGCCGGCUUCAGCCCUAUUUCCCUCGGGACAGAGACGUCUGGCUCUCUGACUACACCGGCGAGUCGUGCCGCGCUCUACGCCCUCAAGCUGACACCGGGGUCCGUGUGCAUGGACGGUGUAUGGCAGGUGGCUGCGUCUUUUGAUUCCGCUGGGGGGAUGGCGAAAUCGGUGCUGGACCUCGCCCUUCUGAGCACCGUACUGCUUCAACAAAAAGACCCGGGAAGGCCGUCGCUUGUCGACGCUAUGCAGGAAGACUGGAAGGGGAUAUCGGUCGGCUUCGUUGAUAUCGAGCUGUGGCGCCUCCCUGACGAUGGCCAUGGACAUGCCCGCGAAUACCAGGACGCUAUUGACCAGCUUCGCGAAUCCGGAGCCAAUGUUGUGCAUCUGGUCUGCAUCACACCUCCAGAGCAGUGGCGCGUAGAAGGCGGAACCCGGGACGUCGACGAUCUCAUGCGGAGCCAAACGCGCGCCGGGUACGAGUUCUAUCUCCGGAGCUUUGAAGACCCGAAGGUGAGGAGUCUUCAGGACACCAUCGCGUUCAACGCCGCAAACCCGGAAACGGAGUUUGACGAAGUCUUCUGCCCAAAUCAAAAUGGCUUGCUGAAAGCUCAGGAUAUGUCAAUGAGCGAUGAAGAGACGCAAAAGAACUUACAAAUCUGCAAGCAAUGGGCGGCCACCGAAGGCGUCGACAAGGUCGUCGCAGAACACGGUGUGGACGCUAUUGUUGCUCCGUGUGAUAGCUUCUUCGCAGGCGUCGGCGUCGGAGCACGCUACCCCUUGGCCUCUAUUCCCUUUGGCUACGUGGAGAGCAGCGGACGUCCGUGCGGGCUGCAUGUCAUUGCGAAGGCGAAUGAAGAGGACAAGAUCGUUAGAUUCAUGAGUGUUUGGGAGAGAAUGAGGCCCCCUCGUACGGUGUCUGACCUUGACUCCCUCGCACGAGCGCUGAGGGCUUAA